UUAACCGGUUUAGGUCUUCUACCUGCAAGUCAAUGGAAGUCUGUUACGGGACAAUAAACAAAUGAAACAACAAGAACCAGAAGAAAUUAAUGCAUAAUGGUAGCCUUAGAAUGACAUACGGAUUUUAAUUAUUUUUUUCUUUUUUUAAGUGCUAUCUAAAGGACUACUUUUAUGUAGUGUGUACUCUUAAACCCUGUAUCAGGAAAAUCGACCUCAGUAUCCUGUUCAAAAUCACCAAUAUCUCCACACGUACAAGGUGCAAGAUAUCCUGAAAGACUCAACAUUUCGAUCACUUAUACCAUGGAAUCCGGGAGUAAGGUAACGCAAGUGACAAGCCAGCUAUUGAUGGCUGUUGGAACAGCUGUAAUUGGCUCCCUGCAGUUUGGCUAUAACACAGGGGUCAUCAACGCUCCUCAGAAGAUCAUUGAGAACUUCUACAAUGAGACAUGGCACAGCAGAUAUUCGGAACACAUCCCCCAAACCUCCCUGACCACAAUGUGGUCCGUCUCCGUAGCCAUCUUCUCUGUGGGAGGAAUGUUUGGCUCAUUCUCUGUAGGCCUGUUUGUCAAUCGACUAGGAAGGAAAAACUCCAUGUUCCUAGCCAACGUGUUGGCCUUCAUCGCAGCUGCCUUCAUGGGUUUCUCUAAGAUGGCAGCUUCCUGGGAGAUGCUGAUCACUGGCCGCUUCAUUGUGGGCCUGUACUCAGGACUAUCUACUGGUUUUGUGCCCAUGUAUGUAGGGGAGAUCUCGCCCACCUCCCUCCGUGGGGCUCUCGGCACCCUACAUCAGCUGGGCAUCGUCAUUGGCAUCCUCAUGGCACAAGUCUUUGGAAUUGAGUCGAUCAUGGGGAACAGUUCGCUGUGGCCCUUCUUGCUGGGUUUCACCUGCAUCCCGGCCGUAGUGCAGUGCUCCCUGCUGCCCUUCUGCCCAGAGAGUCCCCGCUUCCUCCUCAUCAACCGCAAUGAGGAAAACAAGGCCAAGAGUGUUUUGAAAAAACUGCGAGGCACAGAUGAGGUGAGCGCCGACAUGCAUGAGAUGAAAGAGGAGAGUAGACAAAUGAUGAGGGAGAAGAAGGUGACCAUCGCUGAGCUGUUCCGCUCUCCCCUAUACCGCCAGCCCAUCUUCAUUGCAAUCAUGUUGCAGCUCUCCCAGCAGUUGUCUGGCAUCAACGCUAUUUUCUACUACUCCACCAGGAUUUUUGAGAAGGCUGGGGUGUCUCAGCCAGUCUAUGCCACCAUCGGGGCUGGGAUUGUCAACACGGCCUUCACUGUGGUGUCUCUGUUUGUGGUGGAGCGUGCUGGUAGAAGAUCCCUCCACCUCAUUGGGUUGCUGGGAAUGGCCGGAUCAGCAGUCUUGAUGACCAUCGCCAUGGCAUUGUUGGACCAGUUGAAGUGGAUGUCAUAUGUCAGUAUUGUGGCCAUAUUCAGUUUUGUGGCCUUUUUUGAGAUUGGCCCUGGCCCCAUCCCUUGGUUCAUUGUGGCUGAACUCUUCAGCCAAGGUCCUCGGCCCUCAGCAUUCGCUGUAGCAGGCUUUUCUAACUGGUCUUCAAACUUCCUUGUGGGCAUGUGCUUUCAGUAUGUUGAGCAACUGUGCGGCCCUUAUGUCUUUAUCAUCUUCACUGUGCUGUUACUCGGCUUCUUCGUCUUCACCUUCUUCAAAGUGCCUGAGACUAAAGGACGGACCUUCGACGAGAUCUCAGCUGGCUUUCGCCAGAGUGCAGGACAGGGGGCGGACAAGUAUUCUGCACCUGAGGAGCUCAAUACGCUUGGGGGGGCAGAUUCUGAGCUUUGAAUACCCCAACUUAUACAUAUAGUAACUUCACCACACAUACAUACACCACAUCUUUUACAUCUUUACAAACUACACUGUUCGGCUGCACUGAUGGACCCCAACUACUUAUGGUGUGAUAGAUAUUACACUAGGAGUGAUUGAAUGCUUUUAAGACAAAAGAGGCAUAUGUAAAUAUGUAUUUUAUUAUUUACUCACAGUUUAUACUUGAAAGUACUUGAAAGUGUUGGUCUCUUUAAAGUAUGAUUUCUCAAUGUAAUAACAGGAAAGGUGUUAAUAUCCAAAAGUCAAACUAUUGACAAAUCAUUGUUUUAAGAUAAUAAGCCAGGGGAACAAUCUCAAUAUGGUAUCAGUAUAUA